AAAAGAACACUCUCAUUCGAUUUUUCAACUAUCUAGAGAUGAAAAAUUGAUAUGUCCCAAAGAUAGGAAAACCUUGGUGAGAACUGCCAGGUUCCUGAAACCAUGUGUCCAAACUGUGUCACAAGCUGUUACAGUUCCCAACACUCCUUUGUUGUUUGAUAUCUUCUCUCAAAACCUUAAAUAGUGGCCUGAAAAUGUCGACAUAAAAGGCUGGCAUGUUUCUCAAAAACGUUGGGAAGAAUGGGUUGAUAGGAUGGCUGGAAAAUAUGGUGCCUUGUGGAACCUGACAGGCAUAUGCGAUGCCAUCAUGAGUUCUAGAUAUGAAAUCAGGUGUAACAAGGAUUUGAUUCUUGGGUUGGUUGAGUUUUGGUGUCCUGAAACUAAUACAUUUGUUUUUCCAUGGGGAGAAGCUACUGUUACUCUUGAAGAUGUGAUGAUUCUUGGAGGGUUUUCAACACUUGGAGAGUCGGUCAGAAGACCUCUAGAAGGGAAGUCGGUGAAGAUUGAGGAAGAGUUGAACAGGAAACGUUUGAUCAUGUCAAGAAACAAGUCAAGGAAGGCUACUCAUGGUUGUUGGAUAAAGCAUUUCAUGGAAGAAGAAAGGGAAUAUGAACAUGUAGCAUUCUUGUCACUCUGGCUGUCAAGGUAUGUUUUCCCUUCUCUGCCUGAGAAAAUUGUUGCUAAGCAUGUUUUUCCAGUUGCCAUUCAUUUGUCUUCAAACACAAGAACGGCACUUGCCCCAGCAGUUCUUGCAAGCCUUUACAAAAAUCUGACAUUGUUGAAAAACCAAGCAAUGUCUUCUCGUGAGGAAAUGUCAAUGACUGCUUCAGGUCCAUUGAGACUUCUGCAAUCAUGGGCUUUUGAGCGGUUUCCUUCUCUUGGUCCAGGUAUUCCCAAUACCCUCAAGCCUGGAGAGCCUAGAGCUGCUCGAUUUCAUAGACUGAAUGCGAAAAUUAGCCUGCCACUUGUUAGAUCAGUACUUAGAUUGCCAGAUAAUUUUAGGUGGCGGCCAUAUAUUGCUGAUUUGAAAAACUGGGGCCAUCCAUCCUACUACAAGGAGACUAAAUUAUUAGCUUUUGAUUGUAAUGACCCAGAUGAGGACCUAAAGUCUUUUGCUAGAUGCUUGCAUACCUCUUUGUUAGUUGGACUAGAUUGUAAAGAAGAGUAUUUGCCACACAGGGUGGCAAUGCAGUUUGGAUACGAUCAAGAUCUUCCUGCUGCCUUCCCUGUUUGUAGCAUGCCAUGGGAGAAUGCUAGGUUUGCUGUUCCGCCAAGGUCUUUUGAGCCCUGUGCAUCAGUUAGAUACUUCAAUUGGUGGAUUAGAUCUAAGUCAGCUCGAAAAGCAGCUUUGAGGGAUGUCAAAAGAACUCAGAAUAGAAGCCCACAGUCAGUUCUGGCUAAAAGAAAUGUGGAAAAGUCCCCUCCUUCAAUUGAAUUUGAUGUGAAGAAACCAAAGACAUUAGUAUCAAAGCUUUCAACAAAAACUGAAGGAUGUUGUUCUUCAUUGGCAACUGAAUAUGCAGCCAAAACUAGAACACAAAUGAUUUGGGAUUAUACUGAUGAGCAUUACUACCCAAUGUGCUCACUGCGCCAGAAGAUAGAACCACAUGUAUUACCACCAGUUUGGGUGGAAAGGACCGAAGUUAAUUCCAAAGGUUUGAGAACAAUGUGUAGUUUGAAAAGUACUAACUCAUUUUCUCAAGUUUCUGCUGAUAACAACAUCGAAGAGAGCCAUGCCUCAGUCAAUUCUGAAUUGUCCUCUAAGAUCAAGAGACAGGCAUUUAAAGAGUAUGAUGAUACUGAGCGCUUGAAGCAUAUUUCUGGCACCCCAAAUAAAAGAGCUGGCUUUCAUAAAGCUUCACCAUGCUGCCAAUAUCGAACCACUGGUUCCCCAACUUCAAUAGUAGCUAAUGGAAAUUUGAGAAAGAGAAAGUUCUCCUCCACAAUUGCAGGAAGAAGCAAAGCAACCACUCUGCCUCUUGAUGGCACUGCUGAAAGACAAAUGAAUGCUGGUGGUUCUGACCAAAAACUUAAGAGGAUUGUUAAAGAAGGGAGGAAGGCACUGGAUGUAACUGAGCAUAGAGCAAGAGUUGAACGGAAGAAAAGAUUUGAAGGAUCACUUAAAGGUAUUGGUAAAGAAAGCAAGACAAGAAUGGUUGAAGGGUUUCACAAGAACUCUGAAAAUGUUACCAUCAAAGGUACGAUUUCAUGUUCACUUCUGAAAUUUGGACUAGAAUUAGAAGGAAGGCUAAGGAGAUUGGAGAAACUGGCAGGGAUAAGCCCAAAAUGAAGAACAAGGAAAACCAGAAACAGAAGAAACUUACAGUUCUCUGACUUUUCUUCUUCAUGCUAAGCUGUUAUCCUCAUUUCAUUUUGUCUCCUCAAGUUAUUGAAGUGGAAUCUGAACUUCAUUGUUUAGAACUAAUAUAGUCAUUUUGUAAUAUUUACUUGUUUUAUUAUGCUUGA